UGGCGCCACUCGGGCGUCCAACCAGCCUGGCAGAGUAGAUUCACUUUUGGCUGUGAUGCGUAAAGUUCUCCCCAGGACUUGCCGCGGAUUUUUACGCGCAUAUCUUGAUGCCAAAAAGUUGUUUUGAGCGCACCUCACAAACGGGACGUAAUAUGGAGUAACCCACAGCAAUUGUGUUUUUUUUUUCAAUUCUUUCGCUAGAAUGGCUCGCUUCGGUGACGAGUCCGCCCCGAGCACUGUGGACUCCGGGGAUGGAGACGCGGAGCGCGGCGGGGACGCGCUGGAGCCCGGGGCUGCGGCGGCGGCAGGAGGAGGAAGUGCCGACGCAUCGGCCGCGAUGACGGCGUCCAUGAAGCAAGCCAAGGCGCAGCGGGCCCGGACCAUGGCUCUAUACAACCCGGUACCGCACCGGCAGAACUGCCUGACUGUCAACAGGUCUCUGUUCAUCUUCGCGGAGGACAACAUUAUCAGGAAGUACGCGCGGCGAAUCAUCGAGUGGCCAUAUCCUUUACUGAUCGAGGUGUGCUUAACGUGUCGGUUCAGAACCACGGACAGCACCGCAAACUUUUGUUCGUAA